ACGGCGCCACCGGUAGCCUAGAGAGGCCACUACCCGAGAGGAGGGGAACCGAGGCUUCCGCUCAGCGGAGAAGCAAGAUGGCCACGGAUAGGGGCGGCUCUGGACCUGGCCCGGGCAGUACGGGUCUUCUUUUCCUGUUGUCUUUCUGCGUCCUACUGGCAGGUUUGUGUGGGGGAAACUCAGUGGAGAGGAAGAUCUACAUCCCCUUAAAUAAAACAGCUCCCUGUGUCCGUCUGCUCAAUGCCACUCAUCAGAUUGGCUGCCAGUCUUCAAUUAGUGGAGACACAGGAGUUAUCCACGUUGUGGAGAAGAUGGAGGACCUGCAGUGGGUGUUGACCGAUGGCCCCAACCCUCCUUACAUGGUUCUGCUGGAGGGCAACCUCUUUACCAGGUGUUUAUUCCAGCUCUUACGGGUCAGAGUUUGCUCACUGCAGAGGUGUGCCAUGGAACCCCGAGGGCAAUGGCUUGGCUUAUGAAGACUUCAGUUUCCCUAUAUUUCUUCUUGAAGAUGAAAAUGAAACCAAGGUCAUCAAACAGUGCUACCACGAUCACAACCUGAGUCAGAACGGCUCAGCACCCACCUUCCCGCUGUGUGCCAUGCAGCUCUUCUCACACAUGCAUGCUGUCGUCAGCACUGCCACCUGCAUGCGGCGCAGCUCCAUCCAGAGCUCCUUCAGCAUCAACCCAGAAAUCGUCUGUGACCCCCUGUCUGACUACAACGUAUGGAGCAUGCUGAAGCCUAUAAAUACAUCGGGAACAUUGGAGCCUGAUGACAGGGUUGUAAUUGCUGCCACCCGGCUGGACAGUCGCUCCUUUUUCUGGAACGUGGCCCCGGGCGCGGAAAGUGCUGUUGCCUCCUUCGUCACCCAGCUGGCUGCAGCUGAAGCUUUGCAGAAGGCACCGGAUGUGAACACCCUGCCCCGCAACGUCAUGUUUGCCUUCUUCCAAGGGGAAACUUUUGACUACAUUGGCAGCUCGAGAAUGGUGUACGACAUGGAGAAAGGCAAGUUUCCUGUGCCGUUGGAGAACAUCGCCUCGUUCGUGGAGCUGGGACAGGUGGCCUUGAGAACCUCGCUAGAGCUUUGGAUGCACACGGAUCCCAUGUCUCAGAAAAAUGAGUCUGUAAGGACCGAGGUGGAGGAACUCCUGGCCACACUGGAGAGGAGUGGUGCUGAUGUCCCCGAUGUUGUCCUCAGGAGGCUGAGUGAGUCCCAGGCCCUCCCACCAUCUUCUCUGCAGCGAUUUCUUCGAGCUCGAAACAUCUCUGGUGUUGUUCUGGCCGACCACUCUGGUUCCUUCCACAACAAAUACUACGAGAGCAUUUAUGACACCGCUGAGAACAUUAAUGUGGUCUAUCCAGAGUGGCUGAGCCCUGAAGAGGACCUGAACUUAGUGACAGACACUGCCAAGGCCCUGGCGAAUGUGGCCACGGUGCUGGGACGCGCACUGUACGAGCUUGCAGGAGGAACCAACUUCACACACACAGUCCAGGCUGAUCCCCAAACGGUCACCCGCCUGCUCUAUGGGUUUCUGAUCAGAGCCAACAACUCCUGGUUCCAGUCUAUCCUCAGGCACGACCUCCGGUCCUACUUGGGCGACAGCCCUCUUCAGCAUUACAUCGCCGUCUCCAGCCCCACCAACACCACCUACGUGGUGCAGUAUGCCUUGGCAAAUUUGACCGGCACGGUGAUGAACCUCACCCGAGAGCAGUGCCAAGACCCAAGUAAAGUCCCGAGUGAAAACAAGGAUCUCUAUGAGUACUCAUGGGUUCAGGGCCCCUUGAAUUCCAACAAGACGGACCGGCUGCCCCGCUGUGUGCGUUCCACGGCACGGCUGUCCAGGGCCUUGUCCCCUGCCUUCGAACUGAGUCAGUGGAGCUCCACCGAAUACUCCACAUGGACUGAGAGCCGCUGGAAGGACAUCCGUGCCCGGAUAUUUCUCAUCGCCAGCAAAGAGCUCGAGUUCCUCACCCUGAUGGUAGGCUUCGGCAUCCUCGCCUUCUCGCUCAUCGUCACCUACUGCGUCAAUGCCAAGGCCGACAUCCUCUUCAUUGCUCCCCGCGAGCCAGGAUCUGUGUCUUACUAAGGAGGACCCCAGCGUGUCCCGCCAGCUCUGCACUUCCAAGAUCAUCAGUCCCACUGGGACACAAACCACUAGUUUGUCACUGGAAGCUCUCUGAGUCUGCCUCAGACUGGGAUUAACAGAAGGGAGUGGAACUGUCCAAAAGAGACAGAGAGGAACAAGUCGCCUCUAUUCCCUACCAUUUCCCCAACCCCUUCCCCGUCCUUUCCUCCUCUCCUACGCCUGCCAGAUUCUGGAAUUACAAACAGGAGCUUCUUGCUGCUGUUGAACUCCUGGUCUCCCACCCUCAUUUGCCACCCUUCAGGAUCCCUCUUCUCUUUCCACCCUGCCUCGGACCUCCCUCUGCUCCCCACCCCUCCCCUCGAAGCCCUGAGAAGGAACACUGGGGGCGGGGGCGUCCGGACUGAGCGUGCUCCUUCCCGUCCCCCCCUCUGCAGGUCCUCACCUGGCACUUCAGGGUGGGUGUGCUGCUGGGAAGAUUCCCGCCUCCAGCACACACUGCUCAGUUGUACUUUUUAUUAAGCUGUAAUUUCUAUUUUUGUUGUUUUCUUUUUCUUUUUCUUUUUUUUUUUUUUUGUAAAUAUAUAAAUAGGGGGUUUCAUUAAAAUAGGUUAUCCCAUCUGA